CUCGGACGCCGGUUCGGUCAGUGCGAUGCCAACUGUGUUAGCGUUCGCGUUACACGAUGACGACCGUCGUCAAUCAUCAUCUACCUCCGUGGUCCGCCGUCGUUGUUGUGUCGAUCGCCGCGAUCGUCGUCUCGUUGGCGCCGGCGUCCGUGUGUUCGGUGCAGCCGUCCAGCAGCGGCAACGCGCUAUGGGACGAUCUGGUGGGCAAGUGCGACGGUCCCCGGAACACGAUGGACUGUGUGCGCAGCCGGCUGUACAAUUACGUCGAUCACACGUUCGAAUCCGACUUUAACAUCACCGACGGGCUGACGUUCACGAAGAACUCCAACGACUACGAGGCCAUGUGCCCCGGCCAGAACGAGACCACGUCCUACCGGGAAGCCCGAGCGCCCGAAAUGGAAGACGAAGAAGUGGCCGAUGACGGUUGGUCCGACGUCACAGAACAGCUGUACAACAAAGGCGCCAAAUACUUGGCGACCCAUGACUUUGAAGCCACAGUGCCUAGUUUUUUGGGUGGUGGACCGGGUGCUAAACUUCGCCUAUCGCCCAAAAAAAUUUUGCCCGAUGGUGGUAUAAUUCUGCGGAUGGACGUGUUGCCAGCUGCAAGAGACGCCAGAUCACCUAGGUUCAUGCACAAGAUGAUAAAGCAACUGUUCAAAAAGAAACUUAUGUCAAGCGGUAUGGCUUUGAUGUUGAUAAUCAAACUGAUCAAAAUCAAGGUGCUGUUCUUGUUGCCGUUGUUGAUCGGAGCGGGCGCCGCCAAGAAGAUAUUACUGAAAGUUCUGCUGUUCGUGUUCCCGCCGUUGGCUCAUUUGUUCAAGCUCUGUUCGUACUACCACCAUCACGCAUCCAAGUUUUAUCAUUUCCACCAUCACAAGGUUAAACACCACCACCACCACCUCAAGGUACCCGUACCGGUACCCGUGCCCAUCAAACCACCACCAGGUUACCACAGCGAUUACUAUCCAGGCCCCACGUUGGACCAUCCACCGCCACCUGGACCUUACGAUUCGCCAGAGCUUUUGAGCGGCAGUGACUAUUACAACCGUAACGGUAUGGACAUGAACAACGUGGUGUCAGAUCACGCGGACGAGCUCGCCAGUUGGGGUUUGGGCGAGUACGGGGAAGGCACGUCACAGUACGACGCACCCAAAUACUCGUAUUCAUCGUCGCCCGCGCAGUACGAACCGCUCAAAUAUGGCGGUAAUGGUGACGGCGGUAGCAGUGGAGGCGUUGGAGGCGGCGGAGGUCCUCCACCAUCGCCGUACGCCGAGAAAUACGUCAAGAGACUGGACAAUAAUCCCGCCAUGGGCAGACCGCCGCCCGCGCUGCAACAGGUGGCGACGCACGACCCGGUGUACACUCCGGUCGUACAGAAGUUGGACGAGAUAUUCCAUGAAUUGGCCGUGCGCGAAGAACCAUGCAAAGAGAAAUUGGUGUGCAAGAUGUAUGGCGAUCCCGGCAGGUUCAGUCCGCACAGCAAUCUGGUGUCCGCGCAGUUGAGCAGCGAGACGGCCGCGAGUUCUGGCGGAAGAACGAGCGUCAGCGCAGAUGCCGCCAGACUAUGGCGUUACGUGCAAGCGGCCAAGGAAGGCCAAAACGGCGAAGACUGUCGCAUCCUCUAUCAGGCGUGCACCAUGAUCGGACUGUGAUGACGACUGACGAGUGACUCACCGCUAUUGAUUAAUCAAAAAAAAAAUAAUAAAAAAAAAUAAGAACAAUUAGAAAAAAUAUCCAUUUUCUACUUGGUCCAUCGCCGGUACAUGGGGUUUCUCACAGUUUUAGCAGCUAUAAGGCGUUACAAUCCAUUUUUGACAAUAUAUUGAAUUACUUAAUAG